UUGUAUGCAUAGGUACUUCAUUGCUCUCUCCAUUCAAUUUCUAGAUCCGGUACAGACUGAUUUUCCGUGGCAGAUUGGUCAGAAGAUAAUUGUUGCAUCGAAUUUGUGAAAUUCCUUGUGCCAACGUAUAUCAAACGAUUAUUAAGAAAUUAUUAUACUUUAGCUUCAAAUAUAACUGCAGUAAAUAUGGCAACAGCAACAGCUCUUACACAUGAGAAGGUAUGGUUUGAGAAGCCAUCCUAUGAUAAAGCAGAGCGGCUAUAUUUUGAACGAAUGGCUAAGGUGAUGUCCAACAAGAUUAUAAGAAGCUAUACCAUUAACACUGAUAAUUCUGUAAUUAACAAGCAUGAAGAUCUAAUAAAUAUAAAUGCUUCAACGAAAUCAAAAUCUGGAAAAUCUGAAAAAUGUAAAGACAAUAAAUCGUUACUCUCAGAUAAUAAUGUAUCUACUGAUAUUUUAAAACAGUAUAAGUGCCAAGUAAAAAAUUCUAAAAAUCUUAAAAAAGAAGAUGAGUGUAAUAUAUUAAAAAUGGACAACUUGGAUAUCACAGAAAAAUGUAAUGUGAUGCAUAUACAAAAAGAAGAUAUAAAAAUUUGUAAUGAUACGGUUACAAAGUGUACUUCAAAAGAAGUUAAAGAAAAAAAGAACAAGGCUGAUACAAGACAUAGAAAUAGAGGAAAAGGAAAAAAUGAUAUUAAGGAGCAAAAAGAACAAUUGCCUAAUCAGGGAAACCAACAGUCCACUUGUCCAAUCCUACCUGCUGGUGGAAGUUUAGCCAAUGAAGUUGCCAAGGCACGUCAACAUAUUAAACAAUCCUUACAAUGUAUGGAUGAUAUUGCUGCACUUGCUGGAGUAUCUCAUUCCAAUCAAGAUGUUGGAUCGCGCAUAGCUACUCUUGAGAAAGAUAAUCAGGAUUUACGAAAUGUUGUUCAAGAAUUGAGAUAUAUUAUUGAAAAGCUGGAGAAACGUGUAAAAGUACUCGAGGAAGAAAAAACAUAUCCAGUUUUACAAAUUUGUCCUGCUAAACCCGAUACAGGGUUAGAAAAGGCAUCGGACAAAGAAGAUGAUGAAGAUAUCGAUCUAUUUGGUUCAGAUUCAGAGGGUGAAGAUGCAGAAGCUGCUAGAAUUAGAGAAGAACGUCUUGCUGCAUAUGCUGCAAAAAAGGCUAAAAAGCCGGCAUUGAUCGCUAAAUCUAACAUAAUACUUGAUGUUAAACCAUGGGAUGAUGAAACUGAUAUGAAUAUUAUGGAGACUGAAGUACGUAAAAUUGAAACUGAUGGAUUACUAUGGGGUGCAGCUAAACUUGUGCCACUUGCUUUUGGUAUUCACAAACUUCAAAUUUCUUGUGUUGUGGAGGACGAUAAAGUGUCUGUUGAUUGGUUAACUGAACAAAUACAGGAAAUCGAAGAUUAUGUCCAAAGUGUUGACAUUGCCGCUUUCAAUAAAAUAUAAUUUCAUUUCGGGAAAAUAUUAUGGCAGGUAUAGUUACAUAGAAACACGGAUUUGCUGUGCCAUCUUUUCAUUCCAUUAGCAGUUCUAAUAUGCACGUGUAUGCUUCUUUCACGCUAUACGUGAAAAUAUU